AUGGACGUCCUUACAGGGCUCGGUGCGGCCAGCGCCAUCGUCCAGCUUGUACAGUUCAGCUACAAUGUCGCGAAAAGUGCCCGGAACAUAUAUCGGAACUUCACCAACGCAAGCGAGAAGAAUUAUCUGGUAGCUGAGAGCCUGCUGAAAGAAUUAGCGCUUUUCGACAAGUACGCAAGUGGUCUUCGAACCUUCAUGUCCGCUAAAGAAGUCGAUGCUUCCGUGGCUGCCGCGGUCGAGCCUCUCCUAGAUUGUUGUCUUCGCGUUAAGGGCGAUCGUGGGAGGCUGCUCGACAGACUGCAGAUACAAGGCGGGACUGGAAAGCUCGAGCGGUUACGAGCCGCGAUACGGGUGGAGAAAGAGACGAAUGCAAUGCUUGGGCUGCAGAAAGAAUUGCGUUCUCUGCAGACUAGAGUCAUUCAUUUCAUGAUGUUUAUUCUCGCCGAACGUCAGUCCUCCCACUAUAAGAUGGUCGAGGCUAGGCACCAACAGAAUGCUAAGUACGAGAGUGAGCUCAUGGCUCGUGUCAGUGCCCUUCAGGACAUGGUGAAAGACCUUACUGUCACCCAAAGGGACGAGGCAAUUAUGGUUCAGCAAGUACUUCGCGACUUGAAGACUUUCGCCUUCGAGACUCAGGAAUGUCUGUAUGUCCGGAGAGUCCUGCAGAGCUUACGUUAUGAAGCACUGGACGCUCGGAACGAUGAAAUUACGAACCCCCACAAAGACACAUUUCGAUGGCUCUUGGACCCGGACAGGACCAAGGCGUCACCUGGUCAAGCAUCGAUUGUUGAUUGGCUUCGCAGUGGGAGUGGUCUCUAUUGGAUCUCGGGCAAACCAGGGGCUGGCAAGUCGACGUUGAUGAAGAUGCUGUGCGCUGAUGAUCGCACUGUCACCCUGCUGUCUCAGUGGGCCGGCGGUCAGCGGGUGGUACGAGCGAGCCAUUUCUUCUGGAUAGCCGGAUCUACCAUGCAAAAGAAUCAGCUUGGUCUCCUCCAGUCUCUGUGCUUUAGCAUCCUGAAGCAACACCCGAGUCUUCUCCCCGUGUUUGUCCGCGAGAAACUCCAGCCUCAUGUCGUCCAUGCACGGGCGAGCGAAGCUAAUGUGAAGCACUUGGUGGAAGAGGUGACAAAGAGGGCAAAAGGGGUGUUCCUCUGGGAACUGACGAAAAGUCUGAACAAUCGCGUCUCGUUCUUUGAUGUCUGUCGCCGGCUAGAAGGCAUACCGACAGACCUCGAAGCCUUUUUCCGCCGCAAGGUCAACAACAUUGAAGAAUUCUAUUGGCAGCAGUCGGCACGAACUUUCUUGGUGUGCAUGCACGCCGACGGACCUCUCAAACUCAUUGGUCUAGCCGCCCUCGAAGAGAAUGAUACACUAGCUGAUAAGAUAUGUGAUAUGGCCGGAAGGGCCGUUUUGAUCCACCGGUUGUACGAUAUCUGCAACGGCGAAGUAGGAAGUCUUGUCCAGGACAUCUUCGGAACGGAAAGUGUGGACCUUGCAAUAUAUGCACGGCAAAUGGAGUCGCAGCAGCAAGAGCCACCAUAUCAUGCGCUGGCAUCGCUUCACCAGAUUCUGUUGACCGACUCAGACCACUUCUACCUCGACAAGACAUAUGACGUGAAUGCGUGGUUCUUCCACCUUUGCGCCCAGGAGUGCUUGUUGAGCUUCCUGGCGCAGUACAUGCUCGAUGAAGCUUCCGCCUUCAAGGUCGUCUGCGCCAGCACUCCUGGCUGGGUCGUUGGGUGCCCUCUCCAGUCUAGCGUGUCAAAGGAGGGGGAGGAGCCAGGGAUUGAUCUGUUCGACCUAGAUUUGAUCCGGCAAGCCACUAUAGGAGUGGGUCUACUCUUGAACCAUUGA